UUUUGAACCUCGCAGAGCGCCGUUCUGACGUCACACCAAAACAAGAAGCUGCUCGCACUUACCUGGAUACUUGCUAACACGAAGUCACCUCAAUAUGUCUCAAGAUGCUUGGUUACAGAACUACGACGCGACGUGUCGGCUGGCGCAAGACAUAGCCGAGAAUAUACAUGAACGGUCAAGACUACAGAGAACCGGGGGCAACCCGGCCAAGAUCAACAUGACACUAAGAGCGUCAUUACAGAAGCUCAAGCAAAACAUCUCCCAGCUGAAAGAGAGUCUGCUACGAGCUUCAUCGUCCCGUCGGAUAAUGCAGUCAGAGGCUGACAGGAGACAGAACCUAGUAGAUGACCUGGUCACCAGAGAGAAACAUCUCAAUGCCACCUUCAGAGGAGAGGUCAAAGAAGAACCUUCCAGGACGACGCUCAUGUCCGGAGCAGGGGGCGCUGGUGGUGGCGGCGGCGGCGGAGGAGGAGCGGUCAACCCGUGGCUGGUCAACGAAUCGGAGGAGACCAGGGGCCUGAGCUUCGGGGAGAUCAAGCAGCAGCAGCACAGCAUCAUGGAAGCCCAGGACGCUGGUCUGGACGCCCUGGCAGCGGUCAUCAGCCGGCAGAAGAUGAUGGGCCGGGAGAUUGGCAAUGAGCUGGAGGAGCAGAAUGAAAUCAUUGAUGACCUCUCCCAUUUGGUCGAUAAGACUGACGACCGGAUUCGCAAUGAGACGCGGAGGGUGAAGCUGGUGGAGACCAAGUCUGCGUCCUGUGGCAUGCUGGUGGUGAUCGUCCUUCUCUUGAUAGCCAUCGUGGUGGUCGGUGUGUGGCCCGUCUAGUCUCUGGGCCCCCUUCAUGGUGGAGCGGAGGGGAUGGUGCCAUUUUAUCCUGACUAUUAAACCCAGGCAAACACACACAGACACACACACACAGACAGACAGGCACACAGACAGACACACACACACACACACACAGGCUCACAGAGACACACACACAGACAUACACAUGCACACAGAGACACACCCACACACGCGCACACACACACACACACACACACACACACACACACACACACACACACACACACACACACACACACACACACACACACACACACACACACACACACACACACACACACACACAGUCUUUGCCACUCCUGCUCUUUGUUCUCCGUAGUGAGGGAGCAGAGAACAUGUCUGUACACACUGUAGUAUUGUUAAUAUUUAGCUUUGCCUUUGUUUUUUUAUGGUUGUUUUAUGAAUGCGUUUUGGUCAAAGAGCCGUGGUGACCAAUGAAUGGAUGAGAGGAAUGCGACAGAAGAUCGUACUAGUGUGUAUCCCCGGUAUAGCAGGAUAUGCCCACAUGCAUCUCUGGGGAUUCAGCACAUUUGGUACUGUAAUUUCUGCAUGCACCUUGGAAGUUAGUUUUUAUUAUAUUUACCGCCGGGGCUGGUGUUGUCCCAGUGACAGGACCUCCCAGCGUUUCAACUGCAUAAGCUCACCUGUGAUACAUACAUGACAAUAGUCUCUCUAUCUCUCUCUCUCUCUUUCCCCGGCCGCUAUAUUUACUCUGGUAUCACUUUGGCUGCUGUAGUGUUAUCUUUUGCCGCUGGGGCUUUUCUAAUGUUUAUAGAAAAGUGUUGAGCCAAAACAAACUCUGUGGCCGUGCUACUAACACGAUUGUUUUCUUUCCAUGUAAAUCACUCAAACCCCAAUGGACAUGUUGCAUAUAGGUGUAAUUAAUAAAACAAAACAAAAGCUUUUCCAGUUGCUUUUCUUAGCAUAUCUGUGAUUCACUAGUGUAUGUUUUAUUGAGGGUUAUGAGCGCAUUUACGAUGACAUUUUACCCAGUUUUGUUAGUGUUGGAGGUCAUAAUGAAAAGGAAGCGGCUAAAUUCUGACACCGUUCAGUUACAUUUAUGUGAAGAUCAGCAGUAUUUAUACAGACCAGUGAUUGAUAAUAUUACCUACAUAUAUUAACUUCCCUAAUUAACUAUUCAACAUUUUUUUCUAACAACAGAUGUAAGACGGCCAGGGGAUGUUACUGAGGGCAUGUUAAUAAUAGUGUUUGCACUAUAAACUUAAAAUUCCUUUUUACCUUUAAUAGUCCUUUCUUAUGGUUUGUAUUGAUGCAAAAUCCUGCUACUAAAACUUGUUUAUCUGACUUCAUUAUUAAGAUAAUUUAUUAAUGAUAAAUAGGUGUGCUACAAACAAAUCUUUUGUAUCAACAAACAAAUCAAAAUAAACAAUUAUCAAUGAAUAAAUGAA